UGCUCUCCUGGACUUCUCUCUUCCCCAGACUUUUCCCAUCACAACAUACUCACAAUGUCAUACCCGCAACAACCUCCCCCCGGGGCUUACUACCCUCCCCAACAGCCUGGUUAUGGCCCUCCUCCACCGCAAGCGUAUCCUCCUCCCCAGAUGCAAUACCAGCAGGCGCCGCCACCUGAAGAAAAGAAGGACCGCGGGUGCUUGACUGCUUGUUUGAUGACUCUCUGCUGCUGUUUCCUCUGCGAAGAGGCCUGCGAAUGCUGUAUCGAGUGUGCCGAAUGUCUUUGUUGCGGGUGUUGAUCGAUUUUUAUACCAUACCAUAUACCAUCUACUCUAUUCAAUGCAUCAUCCCCAUUCAGAUCAGA